AUGGACGACUCGGCGCAUAAACCCCAUCGAAAGCCGAAGGAGAAGAAGAAACACUCUGGACCGAACCCCAAGGCUUUCGCCGUCUCAAACCCAGGAAAACUCCAAAGACAAGCUGCCAGGUCGCAUGACAUCAAAGAGAAGCGUCUCCAUGUCCCUCUCGUCGACAGACUCCCCGACGAACCCCCACCGCGACUCGUCACCAUCGUGGGACCCCCCGGCGUGGGCAAGACGACCCUGCUCAAGUCCCUCAUCCGGCGCUAUGCAAAAGAAACAAUCACCGACCCCCAGGGGCCCAUCACAAUCGUCACCUCCAAGAAGCAGCGGCUGACCUUCAUCGAGUGUCCCAAUGAGCUCGAGGCCAUGGUGGACAUUGCCAAGGUCGCAGACAUUGUGCUGCUCAUGAUUGACGGCAACUACGGCUUUGAGAUGGAGACUAUGGAGUUUCUCAACAUUCUGGCCGCUACGGGUAUGCCUGGCAAUGUCUUUGGCAUUCUGACACAUCUUGACCUGUUCCGGAAACCCCAGGCUUUGAAGGAUGCGAAGAAGCGGCUUAAACACAGGUUGUGGAGUGAACUGUACCAAGGCGCCCAUCUGUUCUAUCUCUCGGGAGUCAUCAAUGGACGGUACCCUGACCGCGAGAUUCACAACUUGUCACGCUUCCUUUCGGUUAUGAAGAACCCGCGGCCGCUGGUCUGGAGAAACUCGCACCCCUACGCGAUCAUUGACAGCUACCGAGACAUCACCCACCCCACGAAGAUAGAGGAGGAUGAGAAGUGCGAUCGAUCCAUAGUAUUAUCUGGCUAUCUACGAGGCACCAACUUCUCCGCCCAAGGGCAGAGGAUACAUGUUCCUGGCCUUGGCGACUUCACGGUUGCAAGCAUGGAGGCUCUCCCGGAUCCCUGUCCGACACCGGCUAUGGAGCAAGCACUUGCCAAGGCGUCCGGGAAGACAGGUCGGAGGCGCUUGGACGAGAAGGAGAAGAAGCUCUACGCUCCGAUGUCUGACCGCAGCGGCCUGAAAGUGGAUGGUGAUGCAAUCUACAUCUACAGUGACAAGGGCUUCACUUUCGAUAAGGAUGCCCAGGAUGUCGAGAGGGGAGAGGGUGAAGAGCUCAUCAUUGGCUUGCAGUCUGAGAGACGACUACUUGGCCAGACAGAAGAUGGCGUCCAGCUUUUCAAAGGUGGUGAGAAGGUCAAUAGGGUAGCCGAGGAGGCGGAUACCGGCCGCAAGAGCCAAAGACAAGCGCGAUUCGCUGAGCGAAACGACUCGGACGAGGAGGAAGAGUUCGAGGAUGAAGGGUUUGUCGACGGAGAAGAAGACCUGAACUCCGACGUUGAGACCGAAUUCAAGGAAGAGAAGCUUGGCAAGAUGUUCCGAAAAGACACGGAUAAGAAUGGCGAAGAGGACGAUGUUGCUUUCGCUGAUAGCGACUCCGAUCUCGGCUCAAUAUCAGGGGACGAGGAUGCUGAGGAGUCCGACCUGGACGGCGAAGACUUUGACGAUGAUGAAGAAGGUGCUGCCAUUAGGUGGAAGGAGAACAUGAAAGAGCGGGCAAAGAUGAUGCACGGCGGCCGAAAGCCAUAUCAGCCGGCCGACCUGGCCAGGAUGAUAUAUGACAUUUCUAUUCCCAUCAAUGAUGUGCUACGGAAAUGGAAGGGAGAGGAUGACAGUGCAGAUGAGGAGGAAGAGGAGGAAAACAUCGAGGACUCAGAUGAUGAUGCAUUCUUCAAGAAGGUCAAGACGGAGAAAGAGGACGACUUCGCCGAUGACCGCUCUGUGCCUCUGUUCGACUACGAAGAGCUUGCCUCAUACUGGAACGACGAAGAUAACGUUGAAGCUUUGAGGCAAAAGUUCACAACGUCAAACCUCCUUGGCGAAGAUGGUGAUGAUGACGAGGAAGGAUCAGGCGGAUCAGAAGGAGGCGAUGAGGACGAUGACAAUGACGAAGGUGAUGGUGUAUUUGAAGAUCUCGAAACCGGCGAACAACACGGAGCCGUGGAACCAGAGAGUCUAGAGGCUGAGAGAGAAAAGAAUGCCCGCAGGAAAGAAGAGCUCAAGCUCCGAUUUGAGGAAGAGGAUCGGGAAGGCUUUAAGAAUGACAAAGCUAUCGCUCGGCGGGAAGGCGGCAACGACGAAGAGUUCGGCGAGGACGAUUGGUACGAUGCACAGAAGGCUCUCAUCCAGAAGCAGCUCGACAUCAACAAGGCCGAGUACGAGAACCUCGAUGAAAGGCAACGGACAGCUGUGGAGGGUUACAAAGCUGGUAAAUAUGCCAAGAUUGUUAUCGAGGGCGUGCCGGCAGAGUUUGUCAAGCAUUUCAACACGAGAAUGCCCAUUGUGGUUGGAGGCUUGUCUGCCACUGAGGACCGCUUUGGAUUCGUCCAGGUCCGCAUCAAGAGGCAUCGAUGGCACAAGAAAAUCCUCAAGACCGGCGAUCCACUGAUCUUCUCUCUGGGCUGGAGACGGUUCCAGACAAUGCCUAUCUACAGCAUAUCUGAUUCUCGAACUCGAAACAGAAUGCUCAAGUAUACCCCAGAGCACAUGCACUGCUUCGGUACAUUCUACGGGCCUCUCAUCGCACCAAACACCGGCUUCGCCUGCUUCCAACAUUUCUCCUCUUCCAACCCCGGGUUCCGCAUAGCCGCCACCGGCACAGUGCUCAGUGUCGACGAGUCAACCGAGAUCGUCAAGAAGCUCAAGCUCACGGGCGCGCCGUACAAGAUCUUCAAGAACACCGCCUUCAUCAAGGACAUGUUCAACUCCUCUCUCGAGAUUGCCAAGUUCGAGGGUGCAGCCAUCAAGACCGUGUCGGGCAUCCGCGGCCAGAUCAAGCGCGCGCUGUCCAAGCCCGAGGGCCACUUCCGCGCGACGUUCGAGGACAAGAUCCUGCUCAGCGACAUUGUCUUCCUGCGCGCCUGGUACCCGAUCAAGCCGCACCGCUUCUACAACCCGGUGACGAACCUGAUCGGGUGGCAGGGCAUGCGGCUGACGGGCGAGGUGCGGCGCGCUGAGGGCGUGGCCACGCCGCAGCAGCGCAACAGCCAGUACCGCAAGAUCGAGCGCGCGACGCGCCACUUCAACGCCCUCAAGGUGCCGCGCGCCCUCGCCGCCGAGCUGCCCUUCAAGUCGCAGAUCGUCGCGACCAAGCCGCAGAAGAAGCAGACGUACAUGCAGAAGCGGGCGGUGGUGCUGGGCGGCGAGGAGCGCAAGGCGCGCGACCUCAUGCAGAAGCUGACGACGAUCCGCAAGGACGUCGCCGAGAAGCGGCGCCUGAAGAAGGAGGAGAAGCGCGCCGAGUACCGCAAGAAGAUCGACGAGAUGGAGGAGAAGAAGCAGGCGCGGGAGAAGCGUGAGAGCAAGCAGUUCUGGAGCCGCGAGGGCAAGAAGAGGAGACAGGAUGGCGAGGGCGGCGGAGGCGGCAAGAGGAGGAGGUAA